GGGAAGUGAGGCGGGCUCGCGCGGCGCCUUUUCCGGCGGUGCUGGCUGAGGGAGCGGCGCGCAGUGGAGCCGGCCGCGACCCCGCGGGCGGCCCUCAGGCAGGACGCGGAGCCGCCGCCCCUGAGCCGGCAUCCAUGAGCUGAGGCGCCGGGGUGGGAGCCAAGGCAGGAGCCGGGCGGAGCCGCCGCCUCAGGCCCAGAGGAGGAACGGAGCGCCGCGCGGCCGCUCUUCCCGCGGCGCCCGGGCGGCAGCGCACGGCCGGGCCUCCCCUCGCCUCCCCCACUCUACCCUCCCGCCCCGCUUCUUCCGCAGCCGCCCCAUGCGCGGCCGGCGCUGAGCCCCGCCUGCCCGUGCCCUGACACCCUCCCCCGCCGGGCCGACCCUGCUCCGCUCCGGCCCCCGCCCCGCGCGGGCUGCUCGGGUGGGUCGGCGCUCGCCCUCCGCUCCCCACCCCUCACCCCGGAGGCGCCGAGCCCCUUGGAUGCCGCCGAGAUGGGCAAGGUGCUGUCCAAGAUCUUCGGCAACAAGGAGAUGCGGAUCCUGAUGCUGGGUCUGGACGCGGCUGGUAAAACCACCAUCCUGUACAAACUGAAGCUGGGCCAGUCCGUCACCACCAUCCCCACCGUGGGCUUCAACGUGGAGACGGUUACUUACAAAAACGUCAAGUUCAACGUGUGGGAUGUCGGGGGCCAGGAUAAGAUCCGUCCCCUCUGGAGGCACUACUACACGGGCACGCAAGGGUUGAUCUUUGUGGUGGACUGCGCCGAUCGCGACCGCAUCGACGAGGCCCGCCAGGAGCUCCACCGCAUCAUCAACGACAGGGAGAUGCGGGACGCCAUCAUCCUCAUCUUCGCCAACAAGCAGGACCUGCCUGAUGCCAUGAAACCCCAUGAAAUCCAGGAGAAACUGGGCCUGACCCGAAUCAGGGAUAGGAAUUGGUACGUGCAGCCCUCCUGUGCUACUACAGGGGAUGGACUCUAUGAAGGGCUGACAUGGUUAACAUCCAAUUAUAAAUCCUAAUGAGAGAAUAACUAUUUAGUCUACAAAGAAUUAAAAGAAAAAAAUAAACCCACGUGGCUUUCCAGAAGAAUGAUUCUCUACUGAAAAGCAAAAACAAAAGCAUCCAUAGGAUUUUGAUCACCUUUCUCCAGUUACCACCCUUUCCUUCUGCACACUUGACUGGAUUCCUGUUUUAACUCUUCUUGCUUGGCGUUAGGAUGCUCUAAUCUCCGAAUGUGACACGAACACAAGCCCUAGAUGCUAUGGCAGACUUCCAGCAAACAGGGGAAAGACACAUUGUAGACUUGCUAAGUAACUUUUUUUUCAUUUGUUUUUUGUUCCUCUUGAUAGCCCUUAAUGAUGGUUUGGUUAUUUUGGGGGAUGGUUGGGGGAGGGGUACCGUUUUCAGUGUAUGCUUUCUGGUUCUACUUUUUUGAUGAUAUAUAUCUAUUUUUUCCCCCCUUCUAUCACUUGCUGUAGAUUGCUACUUUUUUGCAUUCAUGCAGAAUAUGUUGAUAGGUCUCUACUUCAUCUAGUAAACUGAAAAUUAUUGCUUAAAAUCAAA